AUGGAGCGCCUGCAGCGCGUCGGUGUCCGCACCGGCCCCACCUUCGCCGCUGACGCACCCGCGUCCACGUCGGAGUUACCGAAGCCGACGUUCCAGCCUGGCAGCAGUAUCUACGAGAUGGACUCCAGCGGCAGGCUGCAUCGCUUCCAGUGCGGUCGCGUGCUCGGCCGCGGCGGCUUCGCCAAGUGCUACGAGGUGUCAGACGAGACUGGCACCUACGCGCUCAAGGCCGUUAACCGUGCGUCGCUGGAGAAGCCCAAGACGCUGCAGAAGCUGCACAGUGAAAUCAGCAUCCACCGCCGCAUGAAGCACAAGCACGUCGUCGAGUUCCUUCGCACGUUCCGCGACCGCUACUACGUGUACAUGCUCUUGGAGAAGUGUGACCACGGGACGCUGAUGGACCUACUCAAAGUGCGCCGCUUCAGCGUGGCGGAGACACAGUACGUGAUGCUGCAGUGCCUGUCGGCGCUGCAGUACAUGCACAGUGAGUGCGUCAUCCACCGCGACCUGAAGCCCGGCAACAUUAUGCUGGACAGAGAGCUCAACGUCAAGAUCGGCGACUUCGGCCUCGCCGCGGAGCUGCAGUACGACGGCGAGCGCAAGCGCACCAUCUGUGGAACGCCCAACUACAUUGCACCCGAGAUCAUCGACCACAAGAGCCACGGUCACAGCUACGAGGUGGACACGUGGUCGCUCGGCGUCAUCCUCUACACACUGCUGGUGGGUCAGCCUCCGUUCCAGAUGGAGGACGUGGAGUCUACAUACAAGCGCAUCCGCCAGUGCCGCUACGACUUCCCCGCCAACGUACCAGACAACGCGCGCGACCUUAUCACUCAGAUCCUGCAGAGCAGCCCGGCCCACCGCCCCACGCUGAUGGACAUCCGCCAGCACUCCUUCUUCUCGUCGUCACCGCCGCCACCGCUGACGCCGCCGGCAUCGUUCGCGUCCUUCGGCCUGCCGGUGCCUGGCCCCGCCGCGCCCGCGACGACGACGACCGCAUCAGCAGCAGCAGCAACCAUAACCACACGCAGCGCACGCCGCGCGUCGGCGGUGGACAUGCAUUACCCACCGCCGGCGCCGUAUGGUAAGGAGCUGUUAGGUGCCCCGGCACAACGCGAGGUGCUGCGACCCAUCAACGCCAACGUGCCGCCGCCGCCCGGCGCGCCGACGUCGCCGCGCCACCUUGCGAACCUCAGGCAACAGCAGCAGCCCGCACCGGCGCCGACGCUCCCCGGCAUCUGUGCGCACGCGCGCAACGAGACGCCACGCAGUGCCCCUGGGACGGCAGCGGUGCCGCUCUCGGGCCGCUGCCCCGCUUCAUCUCCGCAGCAGCUCCGAAACGACGCCAACGCUGACGAGGACGAGAAGCAGCAGCUGACGGCGCUGCACGACCGCCUGCACCAGACCCUGUGCGGCGACGCGGCCGCCGACGACGCUGCUGACAACGAGGCGCCGCCGCCGCCGGUGUGGGUUACGCAGUGCGCGGACUUCUCGUCCAAGUACGGCAUGGCGUACCGCCUCAGCACCGGCCAAACCGGCGCGCACUUCAACGACUCCACCAAAAUCGUGUGGGAGCCCAUUACGGACCGUGUGGAGUAUCACGCGCGCGUCAAGAUCGAGAUGCCGGCGCGCGACGGCAGCACAGGGCUCUUCGCGAAGGACGAGCGGCACGUGUUCAGCAUGCACAACUACCCACCGGAGCUGGAGAAGAAGGUGACACUGACCAAGUACUUCAAGACCUACCUCGGCCGCGUGCAGAGCUCGCCGGACAAGGUGCCGGUGGUCGCGUGCUCACCCUUCCUGCCGGCGGCGCCGCCACGCUGCACCGACCCGCACACGUCCAGUGACUUUGUGUACGUAAAGCGCUGGCUGCGCGUGGACGGCGCGCUCGUGUUUCGGCUGUCGAACAAGACGGUGCAGGUGUGCUUCGAGGACGGCGCUGAGAUCAUCCUGAGCUCGGAGUGGCGCGUGGUGACCUACACGACGCCGUCGGGCCGCCGUCGCACGAUGCCGCUGAACUCGGUGGCCACAGAGUGGGAAGAAGCGGCGGAGCGGCUGCGAAACACCAAGAGCGUACUGUACCAGGUCAUCCGCGAUCACUGCCUGUAG